AUGUCAUAUUCCCCAUUCCCUUCUAUACCCACACACCUCUUCUUGUCUCGUCUUCAGAAGUGCAUCCCUAAAUCAUGGAAACAAAGCCCCCAACAAGCACUUCACAAUCCCAUCUUGUGUGCUGAUACAUCUAUGGUUGGUGUUCUCAUUGCAUCCCUCAAGGACUUUGUGACCCAUGGCCACCUACCAAAUGCUUUCAAAACCUUCCUUCAAAUACAGCACCAUGCAUCUUCUUCUUCUUCUUCUUCUUCUUCUUCCCACCUUCUCUUACACCCCAUUAGCUCUCUUCUCUUUGCUUGCACCGAUUUUAAGUCAUUGUCACUGGGUAAGCAGCUUCAUGCUCAUAUCAUCUCACUGGGUCUUCAUCAAAAUCAUAUGUUGGUUGCAAGGCUUGUUAGUUUUUACACAAAUGUUAAUCUCCUUGCUGAUGCCCAAUUUGUCACUGAGAGCUCUAGUAUUUUGGAUCCUUUGCAUUGGAAUAUGCUUAUCUCCUUCUAUGUUAAAAAUGGGCUCUUUGCGGAGGCUCUUUCUGUGUAUAAGAAAAUGUUGAAUAAGCAGAUUGAACCGGAUGAGUACACUUAUCCAUCUGUUCUCAAGGCUUGUGGGGAAUCUUUGGAUAUCGAUGCUGGGGUGGAGGUUCACAAGUCUAUUGAGGCUAGCUCCAUGAAGUCGUGCUUGUUUGUGCACAAUGCUUUGGUCUCCAUGUAUGGUAAGUUUGGGAAACUAGAGGUUGCGCGUCACUUGUUUGAUAAUAUGCCAAUUAGAGAUUCUGUUUCUUGGAACACAAUAAUUAGCUGUUAUGCCUCUAGGGGUAUGUGGAAGGAAGCGUUUCAGCUAUUUGGAAGCAUGCAAGAGGAGGGUGUUGAAAUGAAUGUGAUUAUAUGGAACACCAUUGCUGGAGGGUGCUUGCAUUCGGGCAAUUUCAGAGGGGCACUUAAGCUGAUUUCCCAGAUGAGAGCAUUCGUUCAUCUGGACGCUGUUGCAGUGGUGGUUGGAUCAAAUGCGUGUUCCCACAUUGGAGCUCUUAAAUUGGGAAAGGAGAUUCAUGGUCAUGCUGUGCGAACUUGCGUUGAAGUGUUUGAUAAUGUGAAAAAUGCAUUGAUUACCAUGUAUUCCAGGUGUAGAGAUCUUGAGCAUGCAUUUAUGUUGUUUCAUAAAAUGGAAGAGAAAGGUUUAAUAUCAUGGAAUGCCAUACUUUCUGGAUAUGCGUACGUGGACCGAACCGAGGAAGUCUCCUUUCUUUUUAGAGAGAUGUUACGGAAGGGUGUUGAACCUAAUUAUGUGACCAUUGCAAGCGUUCUUCCCCUUUGUGCUCGCGCAGCGAAUCUGCAGCACGGCAAAGAGUUUCACUGCUACAUUGUGAAGCGGGAACAGUUUAAGGACUAUUUAUUAUUGUGGAAUGCCCUGGUGGACAUGUAUGCAAGGUCUGGCAAAGUUUUAGAAGCCAGAAAAGUGUUUGAUUCAUUGAGCAGAAGAGACGAAGUGACAUACACUUCCAUGAUUUUGGGAUAUGGUAUGAAGGGUGAUGGAGAAACAGCUUUAAAACUAUUUGAACAAAUGUGCAAGUUGGAGAUUAAGCCAGAUCUAGUAACUAUGGUUGCAGUUCUAACAGCCUGUAGUCAUUCUGGUCUAGUAGCCCAGGGGCAAUUUCUCUUUAAAAGGAUGAUAGAUGUUUAUGGAAUAAAUCCACGCCUUGAGCACUAUGCCUGCAUGGCUGAUCUUUUUGGGAGGGCUGGUCUUCUAAACAAAGCAAAAGAGGUCAUCACAGGGAUGCCAUACAAGCCAACAUCAGCAAUGUGGGCGACUCUCAUAGGGGCUUGUCGAAUCCAUGGAAACACAAUGAUGGGGGAAUGGGCAGCAGGAAAAUUGCUGGAAAUGAACCCUGAUCAUUCAGGUUAUUAUGUGUUGAUUGCCAACAUGUAUGCUGCUGCUGGUUGUUGGAGCAAACUAGCAGAGGUGAGGACUUAUAUGAGGAAUUUGGGUGUGAGAAAGGCCCCUGGUUGUGCUUGGGUUGAUGUUGGCACUGAGUUUUCUCCCUUUUUGGUGGGGGACACUUCCAACCCUCAUGCAUAUGAGAUUUACCCUUUGAUGGAUGGAUUGAAUGAGCUAAUGAAAGAUGCUGGUUAUGUACGUAGUGAGGAGUUUGUUUCAUCUGAGGAAGAUUUUGAAGAGAUGAAUAUUGUAGGGAAUUUAUAG